AUGCCAAAUGCUCCAUCGCAGCCUGCCGAUGGAGAUUUUGGAGACUAUCACGGCGAGAAUCUGACCAUUCGCACAUUGAUGGCAGUCUUUUUAGCAAUUGCAUCAUACAAUGCCUUCGAACUUUUCAUUCUUGUCUUUUCAUCUUUCUCUCAGUAUCGCGGACUUUACUUUUGGUCCCUUCUGCUCUCUGUCGUCCUCGGGGUCAUCCCGUAUGCCGUCGGUUAUCUCUUGGAUUCCUUUUAUCUGGCCCCGACAUGGCUAUCCCUGACACUCGCCACUAUCGGCCUCUAUGUCAUGGUCCCCGGUCAGUCGGUAGUGCUAUAUUCCCGCCUCCACCUGAUCGUUAGGAAUCCCAAGGUUCUCAAUUUCGUGCUUUGGCUCAUAAUACUCGACGCCAUCGUCCUCCUAGUACCAACGACGAUCUUGGUGUUCUCCACAGUGUACGUACCGACCAAACCGAUUAUCGACGGGUAUAAUGUGAUCGAGCGUAUGGAACUGGCUUGGUUUUGCACACAGGAAUUUGUCCUCACGAGCAUUUAUAUCUUUGAGACUGUGAAGUUGAUCAAGAUUUGGCCAGAAAGAGAGCAGCGGCGUAUCAAGAUAAUGUACGAGCUGCUCACCAUCAACUUUGUGAUCAUCCUUUUGGACAUCGCGCUUUUGGCCUUGGAGUAUCUGGGCUACUACUCGCUGCAAACAACCUUGAAGUCAAUGGUCUAUAGUAUCAAGCUGAAGUUGGAGUUCGGCGUGCUCGGCAAGCUCGUUUCCCUGGUGCAAACCCAUUGUUCGCAGCCUGUCAUUUGGAGCUAG